ACUAGCAUUAGGCUUGACUCCUAGGGAGUUGCAUAAUAAUGCACCCAGAUCUCCAGCAACAAGUGAUAUUCCACUGAAGCAAGACAUUCAGAGCAGACUGGACCUGGUUACACCUCAAGCCACAUCUGACCAAAUGUCUGAGGCUUUGCCUAGCUCCCCUUCAGCAACAAUAACCAUAACGGGUCGGGGGAGCCCAUUAAAAAUGAAAUGCAAGCCUGCAGACUCCAUAAGGAAAAAAUGGUGGUUGCACUAUCACACACCAACUUCUUUUGAAAAAGAGAAAGUAACACAACCUAUAUCCUCCCAACUACUGACACUUAACCCUGAUGUCAGGCGUGUUGUCAGUAGGGGUAGGCCUCGCACAGUGAAGAAGGAUACCAGUGAUGCAUCAUGCCCACCAGCAGAUGCUCUGACCCUAUUGGCCGAUUUGGCCCUUAGUACCAGUAACGACAAAGUACUGGAACAGCAGCCAGACCACCUGGCACUUCAGAAACAAGAAUGCUGUCCAAGUUUGCUUAUAAGUGACAACAGUGUCAAAGAUGGCGGCUCUCCUCAUGAGUCCGAUGGUGAACCAGAGUCUGUCCUUCAUGCACUGCUGAAGCACCCUUCUGUUGCUAGGCUUAAACUUCCCCCUCAGUCUCCGUCACCCAAGGGGCUGGUGGUGGGGAGUGGGGAGCGGGUUGUGUUAGUCUCACAAGAGCAUUCUUACUCACUACCGCCAUCCUCCUCUCUACUAUUGGGUUUGUCAGGUUCAACCCUCCAAGUCCCCAUUUCGGAGGGACUUCAGCCGCAUCGCAAGGAUAUGGUCUAUGGUGACGGAACUCAAGCACUACGGACCUUCCUGUGUCAGGAGGAGGACAAGAACAGGAAGGAACUCGGGAAGGAAUCCGCGGUGGCUCCAGAAUCCAUGAGAAAAGGAAUUGGGCGCAGGCAGAAGUUCCGUCGGUUACGGCGGUUCAUCGAAAAAGACCGCUCAGUUCAAGUGACAAGGCUGUGGAAGGAAAACUAUGACUUUAAUUCAGACAGCAAGUUUACCAACGACCCUAUGGAUAAAACAGUUAUUAGAGCCCUACAUGGCCCAUGGGAUUUCACCAUUGAGGACACAAACGAACAGGUUCAGCUCAUCAUCCACAUGUGGAUAGGUCUUUUCUACAGCAGGUCCACUGCUAGGUUCUUCCAGGCAGACCCAAGUCUUCUAUGUAUGGAGGAAAAAGAUUCUACAGAAGUGGAUCAUGGAAUGGUACAAGCCCAGGUUACAUCUGAGACCAAGACAAGUUCCCCUGCUUAUAUUGCCCUUUCCAGGAUCCCAGAACCUGACGUUUUGGACCGUAGUAAUGUGGGUAAAAAAGAAUCACAACCAUUAAGCUUGGAACCUGAGGCAUUGGACCUUUCAGUGAAAACAACCUCGACUGUGUUAGAUUUCACUGUAGACACAAAGGAUUCCCCUGAGUCCAAGCAAAGAAUAGAUUUUAAAAGUCCUUCAGUAUACCAACCAGAAAGUGGACUCCACAAGGAAAUCAUCUCUUUUCACAAACAAAGUACAGGUCUUGAGUUAAAGGUUUACAGAGACCGUGAGGACAGCAUGACGUCAGACAAAACGAGUGAACUGGAUGAUGAUGAAACUAACACCCAUGACAAUGACAGCAAUGGUACCCUCCAAAAUGAUGUGUCCCCUAAAAGAAGAAAUUUGGAAAGUGAUGGAUCGUACAUUCUCUUGUGUGAAAAGGCAGCAAGUGUGUACAUUAAUCAAGAAAAGGUCCUGGAGACUCAAAGAAUUGACCGGGGUUUGGAGGGCAAAGCCAAAAAGGAAAUCCAAAAGGAAGAGAGGAGCCAUGAUGGAGAACAAAACAUAGCACGUCUUAAAACCAUGGAAUCUAAAGAUGUUGAUGAGGCGCAACAAGUUCAAGAUAACGAUUCAGUCAAAACAAUGUCAUGCACAGAGGUGCUGGGGGAUGGUGACCUUACCAAUAUGGCUGACAGAGUUGAACGUAAUGCAAGUGAACCCAGAGAUGGGUCUUACGUUGCCAUCUGUGAUGGCAGUGAGUCAAAAAUGCACAAAGCAUAUCCUAGCGUGGAGGAUUCUGUUGAAGCAGCAAAACCAGAAGCAGUGCAUGUUGGGAAAGACACCACAAACAAGGAAAUCAAUGCACAACUUGCUGGGAAUGAUUCCAUUGGUAAGGCACUCAAAGCAAUGCAUGAUGAAAAGAUUCCCAAAGAUGUGUCACGGGAUGAUGGGAACUCCAAAAAUGAGGUGCAAACGGCAUUGCAGGAAGGGAGUGAUAAUGGUGAUGAGGCACAAACGGCAUUGCAGGAAGGGAAUGAUAAUGGUGAUGAGGCACAAACGGCAUUGAAGGAAGGGAGUGAUAAUGGUGAUGAGGCACAAACGGCAUUGCAGGAAGGGAAUGAUAAUGGUGAUGAGGCAAAAACGGCAUUGCAGGAAGGGAGUGAUAAUGGUGAUGAGGCACAAACGGCAUUGCAGGAAGGGAGUGAUAAUGGUGAUGAAGCACAAACGGCAUUGCAGGAAGGGAAUGAUAAUGGUGAUGAGGCACAAACGGCAUUACAGGAAGGGAGUGAUAAUGGUGAUGAGGCACAAAAGGCAUUGCAGGAAGGGAAUGAUAAUGGUGAUGAGGCACAAAAGGCAUUGCAGGAAGGGAAUGAUAAUGGUGAUGAGGCGCAAACGGCAUUGCAGGAAGGGAAUGAUAAUGGUGAUGAGGCGCAAACGGCAUUGCAGGAAGGGAAUGAUAAUGGUGAUGAGGCGCAAACGGCAUUGCAGGAAGGGAAUGAUAAUGAGGCGCAAACGGCAUUGCAGGAAGGGAAUGAUAAUGGUGAUGAGGCCCUACCAGCGGUGAAUUAUGAAAAAGAGUCUGGAGAUAAAGCAGCACCUGCAGUAUGUGGUGGGAAUAAUUCUGUGGCUGAAACACCACCAGAGAUAUCACAUAAUGAAAAUGAUUCCCAAAAAGAGACACCGUCAGUGGUGCAUGGUGGAAAUGAUUCGACACUACCUGUGAAAUUGUAUAGCAAGCUGUAUAUAGACGAAGAACCCACCGAUGAGGUACAACCAAAGGAACAGGUUGGGAAUGUUUCUGUUGGCACCACUAGAGUACUGCUAGAGAUGCAGGUUGAGAUUAAAUCUAACGAUGAGGUACUGACCACGAGAGUAUUUCCACUGUGUGAUGGGAACACGCCUUUUGUAGGUGAGUUCGACACACCCAUUCAGUCCAAGGAUGUUUCAGGAGAAGCUAAAACAACAGCAGUUGAGACCGAUUUCAACGGGAUUAGGGAUUCUAAAGAUCAGAAACGGACAUCAAUGCCGGGUAAGAGUAAAUCUGAUAUUGACACACAAGGGCCCCGACAUUCUCAAGGCGAGACAUCAGAGGUACUGACAGGCCAGGUAGAAAUACCACUGAUUGGAGCAGGAAUUCCCAGGGAAGAUAUCUCAAACACAGAUGUUCUACAUUCACACAGUCAGACAUCAGAGACAAUGCGUGCUCAGAUAGAAAUACCAUUUAUUGGAGAAGAAUUACCAUUCAUUGGAGUAGAGACGGAUAGCAAGGAUAUCAUGCACACAGAGGUGCACGACACUCACUUGUGUCAGAAAGACACAACAAUAUCUUCAGUGUGUCAUAGUGAUAAUUUGUUUUCAGGUGAAAUGUUUAGAAUAGUUUCAAAGGCAACUGAAUCUGGCAGUAGAUACCCAACCCCUAUCGUGGACGAUGGUUACAUCCCGAUUCCUGACAUCGACAGUGGCUGCUUGGUUAACUGCGAUGCCAGUGGGGUAGGCAAACCCCUCAGCAGAUGCCCAACACCUACACAAGAUAAGCCACCUUUCGUUACAGAAUUGUCUUAUGACCAUCACACACCGAAGACUGUUUUUUUGCCCGAUUCGAAAGACACCAACAGUCCCAACCUCAAUAGUGGUUUUGCUCUUAUUGAAAAUGAAAAGGCUUAUUGUGAACCACAUGAACCAAGUCUUGGUAGCAGCCCUAGCUCUGUAGAGAAUAUGUUGCAUGAGUUGCGUAAAUCCAGCAACAACAAUAGCAAACCAAAUAAUCUGGAAGCCAUUGGUAAUCAGUUCUCUCAAUUAUGGACUGAACCCCACAAGAAGCCAAUCGCCACUAGCACACCUCUCAACACCCCCUAUACUUCUUCAAAGGAAAAAAACGAUUACAGUCCUUAUUCAAAUAUGAGACUUACCCCUGCUGAACAAGACCUGUAUGCUCUUUCAAGUCACAAUUCACUGCAUAGGUUCCCUGACUCUUAUCCCAAAACCCAUAGCACCUUAACACAGAAAGCAGCAUUCUCUGUGCCAUCAACCCACCUUGAAGUCCUGUCCAAUGACACAACAGAAAGAAUAUUAACUCGGGACUUGAGUGAAAUUGCUUUGGAGGGAGACACUAACUUGUGUCCUGCGUCAACAGAGAUUAUCAUACAGUCCAUCCGUCAGAAUAUCCCAGGAGUAAGUGGACCUACAGCAGCUUCUCAGAACCUUUCAGGGCCCAACUUUACUGAGCCCCAUCCAUACAGCCAACAACUUGCCAUGACUGUGAAUCUCUCCAAGAGUGAAGGCAGCAGAGGAGAGUACAGCUGGAAAGAAGGACAAACUAAUAUUGACCCUAUGUCUUCAGAUGUUGUCAAAAGCAAACAAACCGCUGCCCCUGUCCACUCAAACACUAAUCCUCACCCGUAUAACACACCAUAUGUCACCGAAAUGAGGAGACAGAUUGCAAGUUUGCAAGAUUAUGUUAUGGAUGAAAGUGAGGAGCCUGCCGUAGAGCAAGACAACAUUGAAUCUAGUCUAGAGACAAAUUGGAUAUCAGAUGACCAACACGCAAGUAAUACAUCCCAGUUGAAUAAAACAAAACUUGACUUCAUCAACUCUUUACGCGAGUAUCAGCAAUGGGAUAAAAGGGAAUUUGAUGAUGUUUUGGACUUCAGCAAGCAAGGCACUUCCUCUUCAGUCACCUUCCAGUCUGAAGAAUCAGACAAAAUAUUUACCCGUAUGGAAGAGAACAAACAGGACUGGUUAAAGUAUUGUAGGUCAGAGAGGAGUGGUAACACCUCCAAAAGCCAAAUCGAUUUGGACGAUGAGCACGAGGAAGUUUCCUCAUUUGCAAAGCCAUGCCUAGUUACAGUUUUGGAUCACAAAGGAAACAGAAUCACCUAUGAAAACUAUCCCGUUCUGAAACCUUCAACAAGCACGCACACAUGGACAGCUCCGAACUCAAACAGACAGGGCUCGAGUAGUUUUCUGGAGUUCUCCAAGAGGUGGGAUGAUACACAUAACACUGAUGAAUCUGACCUCACUCAGUCUUCUGUGGAUCUGGAGACCCUCAUCUUCUCAGAGAGAAUGAACCAGAUGCUAAAACGUAAAAGGAAGAGUAGCAGCAGCAGGUACAACCGAUCAAAACACCACAGGUCAACUGUAGAAGAAAGAGCUUCCUCCUGUAGCCCAGCUGUGACAGUGCACUUUUCCAGCCUGCAGGAACAGGAAAGCUCGGAAGAACACUGGGAGGGACUACCUUCACUCGCAGGGCAGAAGUUAAAAAUAGAUAUGCCUGAAAGGAAGGGUAUGCCUGAAGAAACAGACAGAGAUAUGCCGCAGCAUCUUCAAAAACUCUCCUAUACAAAGGGCAGUGAGAUGACGCAUGUCAGCGUUUCAGAUCUGGUUGCGGAAAGUUUCAAGGCGUACCAUGCCAUGAUGACUGAGGUCUGUGCAGGCAGAAAGUACCCACACAGAACUGAGAGACUCAAGAGAGAAGAAGCAAAGAGAAACAGUUUGCCAAAGUCUCGAACCCCAAGCAAAGACAAAGACUUAUGUGGUCAGAUGAAGAAGGACAUGUAUGACAGCCUGCAUGAUAAUCUGAACUCUGUUGUGAAACAGUCAUGUAAGAACAAGUUCAGGUUCUACAUACUGGUGACAUCAGAUGACCCAUUCUUCAACGAGACAAAGGAGCUGUUAGAAGCAGAGGGACACAUAACAGUAGAACAGUCUCAAUUCUGCCUUGGAAAGGAUAGUCCCUCAUCCCCUCUAUACAUUAUCUUGAGGAACGAAGAUAUUGCUGAACACAUUUGUGAGGUCCCUCACUUGCUUGAAUUGAAGAAGUCUCAGAAUGUGUUGUUUGCUGGUAUUGACCGCCCUGAUGACAUUGUGAACCUGACCCACCAAGAACUCUUCAGCAAAGGCGGUUUUGUGGUGUUUGAGGGAGCAGCACUGGACACACUCAGUCUCAGCAGCAUUAAGAAAAUGUCUGGUUUCCUUGAGGGGCUAAGUAAAAAGGGGAAGUGGAAAUGGCUCUUGCAUUACAAAGACAGCCGGAAGUUGAAAGAGAGCGCACGGUCUAGUGCUGAGGCACAGGGUAAAAAGAGCUUCAUGGACAACUGCCAGGAGGCUGGAAUGGUGGAGGUCUUACCCUACCAUGAAUGUGACGUCAUUUCAAGGACACGACCCAACUACCUCCACUGUCUAGUCCGCCUGCAGGUCCAGAACGUAUCAGCUCGUCUACCUGUAUUUAUAACUGACACAACGGCAGACAAAGCGUUUGCAAAACAUGGGAUAUUCACAAUGAAUAUUAACUCCUUCUUGCUGAUUUCUCAGAGUGACACUUGCACUAUUUCUUAAACUGACGGGGAAGCCUGACAGAAAUCUUCAGUACGAUCAAUCAAAUUUGAUUUAUAAAGCCCUUUUUAUACUGAACAAAAAUAUAAAAUGUAACAAUUUCAAAGAUUUUACUCGGUUAGAGUUCAUGUAAGGAAAUAAAUUAGGCCCUAAUCUAUGGAUUUCACAUGACUGGGCAGGGGUGCAGCCAUGGGUGGGCAUAGGCCCACCCGCUUGGAAGCCAGGCCCAUCCACUUGGCAGUCAGGCCCAGCCAAUGAGAAUUCAUUUUUCCCCACAAAAAGGAUUUAUUACAGACAGAAAUUCAGUGUACAUUAUCAACAGCUGUCACAAAGUGAUUUAAAUGAACCUGACCCAGACUCCAACGAACAAGCAGAAGAACCGUGGCAAGGGAAACGUUGUAACCUCGAAGAACCAGACUCAGAAGGGGAUGCCCCUUCACUCCAAAAUCUGCUUUUUAGGGGGUCAUUGAGAGUUAGACACACUGAUCUAAAUCAUUGUGGUGCAAGAAUAAAAUAAUUCUCAGUAAGUUAUGUUUAUAGCAAGGCUUUGUGUAUUGCUGUUUUAGUCUCUUUUUUUGGUUCCUUAGUGUAAAUCAAAUUGUGUAGAUUUAUUUAUUCUUAAUAAUUUUCUAUGACAGGUAGAUUCUGUAUAGAUUAACGAUGACAUCUGAUUCAAUGCAGAGCUCUGUGUUAGUGUAUUUAUUUGUAUGUUUGUAAAUACAUUUAUUGCACCUUUGCGAUAAAGAAAUUGACUAAAUG